GUCCUCGCGCAGCCCAUCCCCGACAAGGCGCUUCGCGGCACGUUCCACAAGACGCUGCGCGAGGCCUUCUCGUCCAAGCUCGUAUCGGCGCACAAGGAGAACGAGGGCGGCGAGCCGUCGAUUGAGGUCGCGUGGGUCAAGGCCGGGACGGCGACUCGCGACAAGAAGCACAAGGGCGCAAAGGGCGAGCUCGAGCGUCCGGACCUGUCGACCCUGCCGCCGUACAUCCACUUUACGCUCCUCAAGGCCAACAAGGAGUCGCACGACGCCCUGUCGACCCUGAGCCGCUACUUCAACCUCACGUCGACCCGCGACCUCGGCAUGGCCGGUACCAAGGACAAGCGCGCCGUCACGGUGCAGCGCGUCAGCCUCAAGCGCUCGGGCCGCAUGCAGACGGCCGACGACGUGUGGCGUGCGGCCCGCACCGGCGGCGGCGGCGGCGGUGGGCGCGGCGGACGAGGCGGGCGCGGUGGACGAGGUGGGAGGGGCGGCGGGUGGGGCGGCGGCGGCGGCUUCAUCGACCGCAACAUCCGCAUCGGCGACGUCGGGUACGGCGACCGCGCGCUCGAGCUCGGCCAGCUCGCCGGCAACAAGUUCGUCGUCACGUUGCGCGACGUCAAGACGCCGUCGAUCGCGACCCUGCACGCGUCGAUGAGCGCCAUCCGGGCGCACGGGUUCGUCAACUACUACGGCAUGCAGCGUUUCGGGACGGCGCCCGUCCCGACGCACGCCGUCGGCCUCGCGCUCCUGCGCGGCGAGUGGGCGCUCGCCGCCGAGCUCAUCCUGUCGGCUCGCGACGGCGAGCACGACGACAUGCUGUACGCCCGCCACCUGUGGCGCGAGGGCAAGGUCGGCGAGGCGGCGAGGGCCAUGCCGAGGAGGGCAGUCGCUGAGCGCUGCUUGCUCGAGUCGUACCAGCGCAACGGCGUCUCGAACCACCUCGGCGCCAUCUCGACCAUCCCCAAGAACCUGCGCCUCAUGUACGUUCACGCGUGGCAGUCGUACGUCUGGAACCGCGUCGUGAGCGAGCGCGUCAAGCUGUUCGGCGCCAAGCACCCGGUCGAGGGCGACCUCGUCUACGCCGACGGCGAGGGCGCCGAGGACGAGCCCGUCGCGGUCGACGAGGACGGCGUCGUUGCACCCGAGGCUGCAGACGGCGAGGCGCCGAGCGAGGAGGCCGCCGUCGAGGUCGAGCCGUCGGGCACGACCGCCGCCGCCGCCUCGAACCCGCAGCUCGCCCACUUCAUCGCGACGUCCAAGGUCCGCAAGGUGCGCGCCCUGACGGCCGACGACAUCGCGUCGGGCGCCUUUACGAUCUACGACGUCGUCCUGCCCAUGCCCGGGUUCGCCGUCAGCUACCCGGCGGGCGAGCUCGGCGACGUGUACAAGCGCGUCAUCCGCGAGGACGGCAUCGACCCGGACGACAUGUGGCGCAAGCAGAAGGAGUACUCGCUCGGUGGCGCCUACCGCAAGAUCGUGCACCUGCCCAAGGACGUCACGUACCGCCUCCUCGUCUCGACGUCGCCCAACGAGGACCUCGCCCAGUCGGACGAGGACGCGCUCCUCGGGCGCGCCAAGCCCGCCGCGCGCGAGUACCGCGAGGAGGACGGCCCGCUCGCCGAGGGCGAGAGCCUCGCCAUGCAGGUCGAGCUCACGCUCGGCUCGUCCACCUAUGCGACCAUGGCGCUGCGCGAGGUCCUCAAGUCGCGCACGAGCGCCGCCAACCAAAAGUCGCUCACGCAGCAGAUGGAGGCGCGCCUCGAGCAGCAGGGGCAGGCGCAGGAGCGGGCGCAAGCCGAGGCCGAGGAGGUCAAGGACGUCGAAAUGGCGUAG